ACAGGAGAAAGUACUUCCAAAUUACUUGAAAUUGAAUAAUUGGGACAAAAAAAAUGCACACAAUUAAAAUAUUUCUUUUUAUUAUUCCUCUAGUAAUUUCUUCCAAAAUUGAUACAGACAAUUCAUCAUUUGAUUCUGUAUCUUUAGAGCCAAAAUCAAGAUUUGCUAUGUUAGAUGAUGUCAAAAUUUUAGCCAAUGGCCUCCUUCAGCUGGGACAUGGACUUAAAGAUUUUGUCCAUAAGACAAAGGGCCAAAUUAAUGACAUAUUUCAGAAACUCGACAUAUUUGAUCAAUCUUUUUAUGACCUAUCACUUCAAACCAAUGAAAUCAAAGAAGAGGAAAAGGAACUAAGAAGAACUACAUCCAAACUACGAGUCAGAAAUGAGGAGGUAAAGAAUAUGUCACUGGAACUCAACACAAAACUUGAGACCCUACUAGAAGAGAAAAUGGCACUUCAACAGAAAGUCGGUGCACUAGAGGAGCAGCUAACGAAUCUAAUGCAAAGCCAACCUGGGGCUCAGGAGCACCCUGAGGUGACAUCGCUUAAAAGUUUUGUAGAACAGCAAGAUAACAGCAUCAAAGACCUCCUCCAGACUGUGGAAGAACAAUAUAAACAACUAAGUCAACAGCACAAUCAGAUAAAAGAAAUAGAAAACCAGCUCAGAAAGACUGGUAUUCAAGAACACACAGAAAAUUCCCUGUCUUCUAAAUCAAGAGCACCAAGAACUACUCCCCCUCUUCAGCCGAAUGAAACAAAAACCAUACAACAAGAUGGCCUUCCUGCUGACUGCUCUGCCAUUUAUAACAGAGGGGAACACGCAAGCGGCGUGUAUGCCAUCAGACCAAGCAGCGCUCAAGUGUUUCAUGUGUACUGCGACACCCAAUCAGGUAGUCCAUGGACAUUAAUUCAACACCGAAAAGACGGGUCACAAAACUUCAACGAGACAUGGGAGAACUACAAAAACGGUUUUGGGAGGUUUGAUGGAGAAUUUUGGCUGGGCCUAGAGAAGAUCUAUGCCAUAGUGAACCAGUCUAACUACAUCCUACGACUCGAGCUACAAGACUGGAAAGAAAGCAAGCACUAUGUUGAAUAUUCCCUUCACCUGGGAAAUCACGAAACCAACUAUACGCUACAUCUGGCUGAGACUGCUGGCAAUGUUCCCGAGGGACUCCCAGGACACAGAGAUCUGAUGUUUUCUACAUGGGAUCACAGAGCAAAGGGACAGCUCUACUGUCCAGAAAGUUACUCAGGAGGCUGGUGGUGGCAUGACGUAUGUGGAGAAAACAACCUAAAUGGUAAAUAUCACAAACCCAGAGCCAAAUCCAAGCCAGACAGGAGAAGAGGGAUCUACUGGAGGCCUCAGAAUGGAAAAUUACACUCUAUCAAGUCAUCCAAAAUGAUGAUUCAGCCCACCAAUUUAGACAGCUUUAAAUGAACUGAGACAAAUUAAAAGGCCAAUAAAUUAAAUAUUAAAAUCCUCCCAGAUUACUCUAAUAUAAUAAUUUGUUAUUAAACCUUUAAUGGAAAGAUUUAUAAAUGAAUUUUCAAUUAGAUCACUGUUAAGAUUAGACACCAUCCCAACAACU